UCUCUCUCUGUCUCUCAUAAAUGUCAACGACCAAGUUUAUCCGGUCUCUGAUUCUCUCUUUCUCACUCUUAUCUUCUUCCUAUCUAAAAUCCUAACUCUAUAAAAAGGGACCAUCGUUUUCGUCUCUAUCCACCAUGUCCAUUAAGCUUAAUUCCCAUGCAUUUGCUGGCAACCCUUUAAGAUCCAAAACCCCAAAACGCCAUGACCCACUUUCCUCUUCUUCAGCUUUUGAGUCCCUCAAAACCCAUCUCCUCCAAAACCCAGAAAACCACACUCCUCUAAAGUCUCCUCUUUUCAAGGUCUUGCCCUUCAGAAGGGGUAGGCCUUUGGCUUCUUCUUCUGUUACCGGGGAUGAUGUUGUGCCAAGUUGGCAUCUGGGCUGGAUCAGUUUGCCUGAUUGUAAGGGUAUUUUGGGAAAGUGUGGGGUCCAGUUGAAUGAGGAGUCUUUGGUUUAUUUGGGUUCAAGAGCCGAAGAGGGUGUUGUUUAUUGGGCUAUUGAUGUUUCUGAGGAAGGUGGAUUGGUUCCUGAAUUGAGUAGCAGACAGUUGUGCUUUGUGGAGCUGAGGACCCUGAUGGUGGCUACUGAUUGGGCUGAUUCUUUGGCUAUGGGUGAACUGGCUGUUGCUGGUCAUGCACGGGCAUUGCUUCAAUGGCAUAAUCUAUCACGAUUUUGUGGACAUUGUGGAGAGAAAACAGUUCCCAAGGAAGCUGGGAGAAGGAAACAAUGCUCCAAUGAGCUAUGCAAAAAGUCCAUUUACCCUCGUGUUGAUCCAGUUGUCAUUAUGUUGGUCAUUGAUAGAGAAAAUGAUCGAGCACUUUUAAGUAAACAAUCCAGAUUUGUACCUCGAAUGUGGACUUGCUUAGCUGGAUUCGUAGAGCCAGGGGAAAGCUUGGAAGAAGCAGUGAGGAGAGAAACAUAUGAAGAGACCAGUAUUGAAGUUGGUGAAGUUGUCUAUCAUAGUUCUCAGCCAUGGCCUGUUGGUCCGAGUAGCAUACCAUGCCAAUUGAUGGUCGGGUUCUUUGCAUAUGCAAAAUCUCUUGACAUAAAUGUGGAUAAGGAAGAAUUAGAAGAUGCUCAGUGGCACGGUAGAGAAGAUGUGAAGAAAGCAUUGGCAUUUGCUGAAUACAAGAAGGCACAGAGAAGAGCUGCGGCUAAAGUAGAUCAGAUUUGCAAGGGAGUUAAGAAGGGGCAUAGUUUGUCAGCUGAUUUUAUUGUGGAAAGUGGGAAGCUUGCUCCCAUGUUUAUUCCAGGGCCAUUUGCAAUCGCCCAUCACCUCAUCUCUGCCUGGGUUAAUCACCAUCCACCAACUGGUGCUGAAGCUGAAUUGAAGCAGCACAGCAGUUUCAUUUCAAAGCUCUAGCAUUCUCAUUCUUUUCCAAUGGCUGCAGCGGAUCCUUUGUGCUUGUUCCAAUGCGUUUCGUCCUCAUUUUGAGGGAGGGUUUGUCCUUUUUCCUUUCCAAGGAUUCUUCGGAACACCAGAAAUUCUGCUGUCGUAAAUUAGAAAGAUAUCAAUAAUCUUUCAAAUGAAUGAAAGCAGUUCCCCAUUUUAUUU